CCGAACUCCGCCGAUGUUUACCGAACAUUGUCGAAGACGGGAACCAAAAUGGCCGCCAGUGGACCGCUGGAUUUGAGCUGUCGGGGUUUGUACGCGAGAAUUGCGGCUGUUAGGUAGUUCUGCGACGGAUUUCCGAGAUGAGCUCAACGGAGAGCUUCGACGACACCUCCAGCGGCGGUGACGUCGCCGGAUACUUCAAAUCAGGGAGCAAAAAGGCGGAAGGGCUGAAAGCUGCUGACAUAGUGCCAAUUCUUAGAGAAAAAAUAGCUUUCUUAUCAGGCGGCCGUGACAUGAGAGGCGGUCCUGUCCUGACGUUUCCACAGCGCAACAACCCAGAAAAAGCCAUCCGCUACGAUGAUCUCAAGAGACUCAUGACAUACUUAGCUAGUAUUCCUAGUGAGGACACCAAGAAACAUGGUUUCAGUGUGGUGGUGGACAUGCGAGGGUCCACUUGGAGUUCUGUUAAACCCCUACUCAAAGCAUUACAGGACUGUUUCCCCGGUAACAUCCACAUGGCUCACAUCAUCAAACCUGACAACUUCUGGCAGAAACACCGCACCAGUCUCGGCUCCUCCAAGUUCUCCUUUGAGACCUCCAUGAUAGCUCUAGACGGCCUAACAAAAUGCAUCGACCAAUCGCAGCUUACUAGUGAAUUUGACGGCACGCUGGUGUAUGAUCACGAAGAGUGGAUAGAACUCAGGCUGGCCCUUGAGGAGUUUGUCUACUCAGCGUUGGACUUGCUGGACAAGUUCGAGACCCUGGAGGAAGCAAUGAACGCUAACGACUUUGCAGACGACCUUGCUGGUGCCAAACUCAUGAUGGAGGAACACAACUCUCGCAAGAAGAAGAUCUCCAAGGCCCCGAUCGAACACUUGGAGACGGAGGGGCAGAAACUACUGGAGAAGAUCGGGGUGAUGAAGGCAGAGGAGGGGACAGGGGACAGUGGGAUAGGCGAGAACCAUGCAAUGGUAUCAGGUACUGCUGAUUUCCAAAGUGAAGCUCCUCGUGUGACGAGUUUGGUAGAGAACCUGCACGCCACGCGACAGAGACUACAGCAACUAUGGCACAUCCGCAAGCUGAAGUUAGACCAGUGCUUCCAGCUGCGUCUCUUUGACAACGACUGUGAGAAGAUGUUUGAAUGGCUCAGUCACAACAAGGAGCUAUUCGUCGUGAACUUCACGGAGAUUGGCGCCUCGCACAAAAUCGCGCUGGAGCUGCAGGCAGAGCACAGCCACUUCGCAAUGAACUCCAUGAAUGUUUACGUGAACAUCAACCGAAUCAUGUCAGUAGCGCAGCGACUCGCCGACGCCGGACACUACGCCGCCCAGCAGAUACGACAGCAGGCCACCAAGCUUGACCGGGAGUGGAAGACGUUUGCGGGGGGACUGGACGAACGCAGCACGCUACUCGCCAUGUCAGUCAUGUUUCACAGCAAGGCAGAAGAGUACUUAACUCAGGUGCCAGUGUGGACGGAGUCUUGCCAGGUGGAGAACUUACCUGCAGAUGUAGAGAACCUGGAAGAGUCCAUCCACAAACACCAGGGGCUGUAUGAGACCAUCAACCAGAAGUAUAGUGAGGUUUGUAUAGACGGGAAGACCCUAUUAGACUCCCUGCAGCAGCCGGUCAGCCCGAGCACGUCCAACUCGAUGACGGCGCAGGCGGACUACUCCCAGGCAGCGCAGCACGUGCUGGACCUGGUACACGAGAUUCUGGAGAAACACCGCCAGCUGGAGGAGGUGUGGCAGCACAAGAAACUACGCCUCAGUCAGAGGCUGCAGCUCUGUGUGUUCCAGACGGAUGUACAACAGGUUAUAGAGUGGAUAGACGACCACGGUGAAGGAUUCCUCAGUAAGCACACGGGGGUCGGCAAGUCCCUCCAUCGAGCAAUACGUACACUAAUGCAGACAAGUUGUUAGAGGCAGCGGAACAGCUCGCUCAGACGGGGGAGUGCGACCCACAGGAGAUUUACCAGGCGGCGAGGCAUCUGGAGGACCGCAUCCAUGACUUCGUCACGCGCGUGGAGCGGCGCAAAGCCCUGCUGGACAUGUCCGUCUCCUUCCACACGCACAUCAAAGAGUUGUCAGUGUGGAUUGAGGCGCUGAAGAAAGAACUUCAGACGGAUGAGCUAGCAGAUGACAUCGAGGGAACAGAGGAACUGAUUGAGAAGUUCUUACAGCAGAAGGAGGCCACCAUCGACGCAUCUAUCAGUACAAUCAGUGAGGGGGAGAAUCUUAUAGAGCAACUAAGGGAUGCAGCCAUGGAAGGUAACCAGGACAACCCCCGCCAUGAGGAGUCCAUCAAGCACAUCGAUGGGGUCCUGCAGAAGCUGGAGGAAAGCCGCCGUGAGCUGGACGAACUCUGGGCCUCACGCAAGCUGCGACUGGACCUCUGUCUGCAGCUCAGACACUUCGAGAGAGAUGCUCUAGAGGUUUCGUCCAAGCUGGAGGCGUGGGCUGAGGAGAUGGGUAAGGAGGAGCUUCAGACAGAGCUGACGCGGGCGGAGCACAUGCUGAGCGCUCACAACGACAGAGUGCUGCGGAUGCAGGGCCUCACGUACGAGGCACUGCAACGGGGACAGGAACUGUACCAGCUGUUCGAACAGACAGGUGUCCAGAUCAUGGCUGACAGUCAGUACGAUGCCCAGACACGUAUCCAGGUGCUGCUGGAGUUCCUCCAUGAGAAACAGCUGGAUCUGGAGGAGAUCUCGGAGCAGCACAGACUGCGCCUCACGCAGUGUGUACAACUCAGACACUUCGAACAGGAAGUCAAACAGGUUCUAGGAUGGAUCCGGAAUGGGGAGGCCAUGUUGGCUGCUGCCGUUAUAACCGCCAGCACGCUAAACGAGGCGGAGACCAUGAAGAAAGAACACGAACAGUUCCAGCUAGCCAUAGAAAAAACACAUCUUAGUGCUUUGACAGUGCAACAAAAGGCAGAAAACUUGAUAGGAAAUAACCACUACGAGCCCGAAGCGAUUCGCGCCUGUGCGGAAAAUGUGGCGCUCCACUGGCAACAGCUGAUGCAGAAGGCAGAGGACAGACAGAGACUCAUUAAUGCAGCGGUACAGUUCUACAAGACUGCAGAGCAGGUUUGCUCAGUCCUGGAGAGCCUGGAGCGUGAGUACAAGCGGGACGAGGACUGGUGCGGUGGAAACUCCGAGCGAUACAACACCACGGAACCCGACCCCAUCGCGCCCAUCAUUGGCAAGCAUGUAGAACAAAAAGAAGCAUUCCUGAAGGCUUGUACGCUAGCCCGGCGCAAUGCCGAAACAUUCCUGAAGUACGUCCAGCGCAGUAACCUCACCCACGGACCAUCUCCUAACAGACUCCGCGGGCCAGACACUCGCGUCAAAAGUAUAUUAGAGAACCUUCUGAAGCAGGAGAACCAGGUGUUAGAAUACUGGACAAUCCGUAAGAAGAGACUGGACCAGUGUCAGCAGUAUGUGCUCUUUGAGCGCAGCGCCAAGCAGGCCCUGGACUGGAUCCACGACACAGGAGAGUUUUACCUGUCCACGCACAUCAAUGUGGGAGACAACAGGGAAGAGACGGAGGCACUACUUAAGGAACACAACGAGUUCAAGGGAACAGCCAAGGAGACCAGAGAAAAAGUGAAGCUCCUUCUCCAAGUGGCGGACAGUUUUGUAGAGAAGGGGCACUCCCACGCCUCCAGUAUCAAGUCAUGGGUCACGGCCGUGGACAAGCGCUACAAGGACUUCUCCUCACGGAUGGACAAGUACCGACACAAACUGGAGCAAGCGCUCGGCGUGGAGUCAGAGCUUGCACCAAGUGAGAACAAAGACCUCUCCCUGGAUGGUAAGGGGUCAGAGGGCAAAGGGUCAGACUCCAGUCUAGAGGUCAAACUCAGAGACUCUGCCAAGGACUCCAAUGAGGAGAAGAGAAAAUCUGCCAGAAGAAAAGAGUUCAUCAUGGCAGAAUUACUGCAGACAGAGAGGGUGUAUGUACGGGACCUGGAGUGUUGCAUUAAGAACUACCUGUGUGAGAUGACUGCUUCAGUACAGGAGGUACCCGUAGGGCUGUCAGGGAGAGAGUCUGUCAUCUUCGGAAAUAUUGAAGAGAUUUACGAUUUCCAUAACAAUGUCUUCCUAAGAGAGCUAGAAAAAUAUGAACAGUUUCCCGAAGAUGUGGGUCACUGCUUCGUGACCUGGGCAGAGAAGUUCGACAUGUAUGUGAAAUACUGCAAGAACAAGCCUGACUCCAACCAGCUUCUCAUGGAGCAUGCUGGCAACUUCUUUGAGGAUGUCCAGAAUAAACACAGCAUGAGUCUGACCAUCCAGUCGUACCUCAUCAAGCCUGUCCAGAGAAUAACUAAGUACCAGCUACUCCUGAAGGACCUGCUGGCCUGCUGUGAGGAGGGGAAGGGAGAAAUCAAGGAUGGACUGGAAGUGAUGCUCAACGUUCCCAAGAAGGCCAACGAUGCCAUGCAUCUCAGCAUGCUGGAAGGGUUUGAGGGCAAUUUUGAGGCCCAAGGGGACAUGCUGUUACAAGAUUCCUUCCAAGUCUGGGAUCCAAAGGCUCUGAUCCGUAAGGGUCGCGAGAGGCACAUCUUCCUCUUUGAGAUGUGCCUCCUAUUCAGCAAAGAGGUCAAAGAUAGCAAUGGGAAAACCAAGUACAUCUACAAGUAUAGACUAAUGACGUCUGACCUGGGUGUAACAGAGCACAUAGAAGGAGACCCCUGCAAGUUUGCUCUGUGGACAGGCAGACAGCCCACAUCUGACAACAGGAUCAUCCUCAAGCCUCUGAAACGGAAGGUGGCUUCCAGUCUGGAAGUGAAGCAGUCCUGGGUGAAGAAGAUCCGUGAAACUGUGCAGGAACGUCAGAUGCACAUAACGGCAGCGCUGAAUGAUGCUCUGCAGCGUAACGACAGCAGACAGCAACCGUCGCUUCUCAAGGCAGCAGCUAAACUCCUGACGCAGAACAAGUCUCCGCGAGAGCCGAGCAUAGGAGGAGAAGAGAGUGAGAGUGUGCAUUCCACAGAGGAGGGGAGUGUCCACAGUAUGGAGCAGCAGGAAACUGGUUCUGUGACUUCAGCAACUACCAUAGACAGCGACAAGUUCGAAAGUGGCAACUCGGGUCAUGAGGUCACGCUUGUGGUGGAAGACUUCGAAGCGACCGGCAGCCAAGAGAUCACCGUCUUCAAGGGUCAGACAGUGGAGCUUCUGGACCGUCCCGAGAACAAGCCCGAGUUCUGUCUGGUGCGUACGCUGCUGACAGAGAACAGUCCGUCGGCGGAGGGACUGGUGCCGAACAACAUCCUGGCCGUGGCACACUCCCGCAGCAGUCUCAGCAUGGAUGAUGCGUUGACGGUUGCUCCGUGUCCGGCUGCAGAGAGUGGCCACAACCCGGCUACUUCCUCUUACUCUCUCCCCAACACCGUCCACACGUCCCCGCACGCCAAACGUCGGGCUGGCAGCUUCAGAAAAUGGCUGACCAGUCCUGUCCGUAAGCUGAGUAGCGCAGGAUCGACCAGGGUGGACAAGGCGAUCCCUGAACCCCCACCCCCUCCUCCACCCCCACCACUGCCUCCAGGCAGACUGGGGAAGAAGCCACUGGGGGCGAAACAGAAGGGAAAGAACCUGUUGUCUGGGCACAACGAUGUCGGCCGAGCGACCCCGCCACCCCUGGCACAAGAAGAAGACCUUCUGGAGGAUGAGCGUAUCUCGAGUGCGAGAGGCAGCUCAGAGAACAUGGCGGCCGCCCGCAGCGUGGAAGCGGCAGGCGAGGAAGAGGAACCUGAGAGCGAGGCCAUGCCGCUGCCCCCGCCCAUGGAGAUCGUGCAGCACAGCUUCUCACGACCCAACUCACAGGAGGACCUGUCUGCUUCAAAAAUGUCUCUGACAGCAUCAAUGAGGUCACUGAAUGUUGCUGGUUCAACGACGGACCUGGUGUCAGAGAUCGAAAACAUCGCCAAGCAGCGUUUGGAUGAGCCUGGGCUCCCAGAUGAGGCAGAAGGUGGGGAGGGGGGCGCACCCCAGAACCAAGCAGAAGGGAGGGGAGACACACUGGAGAGACAAGCCAGCGCACUCAAGAAGCGGCGCUUCAUCUUGCAGGAGCUUCUUGAGACAGAGCGAGACUAUGUAAAAGACCUGGGGAGUGUGAUGGAGGGGUAUGUGGCCACCAUGAAGGAACAGGGCAUACCCGAGGACAUGGAGGGCAAGGACAAGAUCGUCUUCGGCAACAUCCAUCAGAUCUACGAGUGGCACAGAGAUACUUUCAGUGGUGAAUUAGAGAAGUGCGCUGACAGUCCGGACCGUGUAGCGAACCUGUUCCUCCGUUACGAGCGGCGGCUCCACAUGUACGUGGUGUACUGCCAGAACAAGCCCAAGUCGGAGCACAUCGUGUCCGAAUACAUCGACACGUACUUCGAGGAAAUGCGUACGAAGCUCGGACACAAGCUGAGCCUCCAGGAUUUGUUGAUCAAGCCUGUUCAGAGAAUCAUGAAGUACCAGUUGCUGCUGAAGGAUCUGUUGAAGCACACGCAGAAGGCUGGGCUGGACUCAUCGGAGCUGGAGGCUGCCGUUAACGUCAUGUGUGUCGUGCCAAAGAGAUGUAACGACAUGAUGAACAUCGGGAGACUCCAGGGGUUUGAUGGAAACAUCAACGCGCAGGGGAAGCUGCUGCUCCACGACCCCAUGAUCGUGUCAGACAACAGCAGCCUGCUUCAGUGGAAGGGCAAGGAGAGGAGAGUCUUCCUCUUCGAGCAGAUCGUCAUCUUCAGCGAGCCGCUGGACCACAAGAAGGGCCUGAGCAACCCUGGUUACCUGUACAAGGGGUGCAUCAAGGUAAAAGACAUGUCGAUGAUGCCUGACGUGGACAGCGACCCGACCAAGUUCAGCCUGAUGUCGAAGACGCGAGACGGUGAGGACUGUUACAUCCUGCAGACACCCGCUGCAGACGUCAGGGAGACAUGGGUGGCAGAGAUCAGCAUGCUACUGGACAGGCAGAAGGACUUCAUCAGAGCCCUUCAGUCUCCUAUAGAGUACCAGCGGGAUGUCCUGUACGCCAGCAAUACCUUAAGAAAAAGCUUCUCCAGUCCGACCCCCGUCCCUGGGUCCCCUCCCUCCAUCCUCACCCAGCAGAACUGCCAAUCAAACUGCGGCUCCACCAACAGCCUGCCCGACUCCAAGUCCGCCUUCCGGAAGCAUUCCGUUCCCGCGCUCAUGAUCAACAAGGAGAAUAGCAUGAUGGACGGGAGCCACAGUCUCCCGCGGAUGAACAAGAGUCGGAAAAUCUCGCUACCAACCCCUCCUCUUGGAUCACCGACCACUCCAAACUCACCAUGUCUCUCUCCAAUUCCGAUGGAAUUCUCCAAGGAGUCUUCCCCCAUGAAUUCCCCGUCUGGAGAGAGUAGCGGAUCUUCUUCUGACAGACGUUUUCCCUUCAAGGAACAAGGGAGCGGAAGCUCCUCUCCCAACAACAAGCGCAAACUGUUGGACAACCUGAAGCCGAACUUUUGGGCGGGGAAGGGGAAGGAGCCGUCGUCCCCCACACGGACUCAGGCAAAUUUCAUGGGUGCCAACGGGGCGGCGAAGAGUCAGAUGUCGCCCGUGAAGAAGAGGAAUGUGGAGAACAGAAUGAGCGCCACGAGCGACUGUUCCAUGUCCAGCCACACCAGUGAUUACUCACAGAGAUCAGAGGCCUCAGAGUCAGGGAGUGACUAUGGCAUUCCCACGGAGCUCGACGUGAAGCAGUCUUACACCGCCAUCAAGGAGGACGAGAUCACGGUGUUUAAAGGCGAGCUGGUUCAGAUCCUGGCCACCAAUCAGCACAACAUGUUCCUGGUGCACCGCGCCGCCACCGAGGAGUCUCCUGCCGCAGAGGGAUGGAUCCCCGGGGACGUGCUGGGCUGUGCCAAGGAUGGGACCGAGGGGGAGAAUGCCACCAAAAACAAGUCUUGGUUCCACAAGAAGAAGCGUGGUGAGAAGAAAGACAAGCCCAGCCCCACCCACUCCAGUAAGAAUGGCUACAGAACCAAGUCUAAGGACAAGGAUCCUCAUGGAACUAAAGUAUCUGUCAAGCUGCUGAACCCAAACUACAUGUAUGAUGCUGCCCCAGAGUUCCUCCAACAACUGACCAACACAACCGUCCAACUGGGCGACCCCGCCACACUGACCUGUCACGUGUGCGGCCGCCCGCGCCCGUCCGUGUCCUGGAGAGGCCCUGACCAGAUGCUGCUGUCCCCCAGCUCCAGAUUCAGCAUGUCUUACAGCGAUAACGGGGACAUCCUGCUGCACAUAGCCUCCACAGUACUGGGGGAUACAGGACACUACACGUGUGUCGCUAGCAAUGAGAUUGGGUCUGUCACUACAUCUGGCAUGUUAACAGUACAAGGCCGUCCUGGUGCCCCUGGUAGACCAAUCAUGAAGGAGAAGACUGCCACCUCAGUGACGCUGACAUGGGCUCCGCCCAAAGAGACUGGAAACUGCCCCAUCUCAGCUUACACAGUGGAGUAUUCGGAGCAGGGAACCGGGGUGGGGAUCUGGCAGGCUGCCGUAGCCGUAGCGCCAGAAACCACACAGCUCGUAGACGACCUCACCCCAGGCACUGUUUACCAAUUCCGUGUUAGCGCUAACAAUGUCGUAGGCAUCAGCUCUCCGAGCGAGGCGUCCGAACCCAUCACGCUAAGGCCCGACACAGAAAUGGUGGAUGGAGAGGAGGUGCCCAGAAUACGAUGGCAGAACGAUUUUAGCGCAUAUUCUGAGAUUAGUGAAAUUGGCCGGGGGAGAUUUUCUGUAGUGAAGAUGUGCUGCCACAUGGGGUCCAAGAGGGAGGUUGCCGCCAAAUUCAUCAGCAAAAAGUACCUGACAAAGGAAGCUGCCGACAAUGAAGUGUCCAUUCUACAAAGCCUCCAGCACCCCCAUCUCAAUACUGUCCAUGAGGCCUAUGAUGUAGCUCAGAGCCUUAUCAUUAUUUUGGAACUCAUCCCCCACGGCCGGUUACUGGACUGGAUCGUGCUGAAUCACCGUGGCAACUACACGGAGCAGCACGUGGUGGGGUACGUGGUCCAGGUCAUGGAAGCUGUGCAAUACCUUCACAACUGCAGGGUGGCGCAUCUAGACAUCAAGCCGGAGAAUAUAAUGGUUGACGGUGAUAGUCUCACGCCAAAGAUCAAACUCAUUGACUUUGGGGAUGCCAAGCAAAUCAGUAACAGUAGAUUCUACAUCCACAACCUUCUGGGUAGUCCAGAGUUUGCUGCCCCAGAGCUGGUGAACGGACACCCUGUCUGUCUCAACACAGACAUGUGGAGCGUUGGUGUACUUACUUAUGUUCUGUUGAGUGGCGUUUCUCCGUUCCAAGACGAGAGUGUGGAGGAGACGUGUACCAACAUAUCCAAGGUGGACUACUGCUUCCCUGAGGAGUACUUCACAGAGGUCACCGACCUGGCCAAGCAAUUUGUGGCAUCGUUUCUGCUCGCUGAUCCAAGCCAAAGAGCGCAGGCUGCUGCAGGGCUGGAGCACCCGUGGGUCCAACACACCAGCUCUGCAGGGCCGGAGGCAGGACUGGCACACCUGGACACAUCCAGACUAACCGCCUUCAUCGAGAGGAGAAGCCACCAGAAUGAUACGAAACCAGUCCUACCCAUGCAGGCGUUCUAUCCUAUGGGCAUGACGUCUCGUGUAUAAGUUUUACCGGGCUUGCGCUGUCACUAUCAACAAGUCAACCAUACCAAAUCUGCAGUUACAAGAGGGAGAAUUACUAUAUACUCACCCACAUCAUGAAUAGGAGCAUCCACGAAAGCAUCUGCAUUGUAGUGAGGUGGACCCGACCACUAGUAUAACAGGGGAGUUAUGUUUGGAUGUACAUAAAAGAGAGUGUACAUAUAUAUACAAUGUAGCUGUUGUUGAAUUGUUACACCUGGUAUGCUGUUGUGUGGUGCUGAAUACUUAUUGUACAAUAAAUGAUAACACAGUCUAUGGAGGAAUGUAGUUAAAAUGUUGUUAAUGAACUUGUUGGCUUUCCUUCUGUGCAACAAUGUUUACCAGGAAUGACUUUCUACCAGUCCUCAAUGAUUUGUCAUCAUACAUGUCUACCUAACAGAUAUAAAGGAGUGCUGUUUUUUUUGUUUUGUCAUGUUGUUCUUUGUUUUCAACAAGGAAAAACUCGAGUCAGUCACAGAAGGAAAAUGAUAAACAAAUCGUAAUUGAGUCAUAAUCAUAAUCAUAAUCAGACAACCAAUGCAAAUAUAGCUAAUUAGCUUAGGGUAUCGUUGUCUUUCAAUCAAGCAAUCCUUUUCUUCAGCAAGCCCUGAAAAUCCUUGAAUACUUCUCUACACAUAGAUUUUUGUGGCUUUGUCAUGUUGUUAGUUUGUAUAGAUAAAUAUAAUAAGAUUGUGAGAACUUUUGUCUGCCUUGAUCAACUCUCUAGUGUUAUCAAGGUCCAAAAAUGUUUGAUUUUGUUAUAACUUAGAGAGUGGACUGGUGGAAGUCAUCCCUGCUGUAGUUCUCUCCCCUCUACAAGAUGCACUAAUCAUGUGUGCUGAGAUCAGAUAGAAAGAGACAAUUUGUGAGCUGUACUUAUUAUAUACAUGUAUGAACUUGUACCAUCACCUUGUUGCAUUACACACAAAAGUUGCAAAUCACAUUGUAUUAUGAUCCCUAAGUGCCAUCCUGUCUUGUACAAUGUUGGUAUCACACAAAAAAAUAGAUGUUUUUGGCAUUGCCACAGGGGUGAGGCCCGUUUAUAUCAAUUGAUGAGUAGCUUUGAAGUAGGUAGGAAGCAAUACAAUGUCUUUGUGUCCGAAAUAAAUCAAUGUUUGCAACAUAUUUAUUGGACAGAAACUUUUUAUGCCAAUCAAGAUUAUGAUCAUGUACACAUAGCUAAAAGAAGCUGACACAGUUGGUGUACGUUAGAAGAUAGUGUUACAGGUUUUCCUCGAGGGGCAUGAAGUAUAAGAUUGUCGUCUGCUGUAAUUUUUUAUUCACAUAUCGAUGGCACUUUGUAGAUAUUUAGGAACACAAUCAUGGUAAAAUAAAAGCACCUUUCACUUUGUUGCAGCCUCUGCAUGUGGGCAUUAAGUAGGCUUUAACUGUCACAAAGUAGAAAGCAGACCAACAUUUUUUGGCGACGCUCUCAGGCAGCAAGCCAUUAUUGUAAAAUCAUGUACUUGCAAUGAUGAAAUAUUCCAAGAGUGACAAGUCCAUCAAAAAAAGUCCAUGAAAAUUACAGAUGUGUCCAUUCCAAGAAAUCAGCACAUUGUAGUGUACAAAGAUAUGGUGUGGAGUGACUCAUAGUUAUGUAUAGUUACUCCGGAGUUGUGAAACUAUUUGAAAUGGCAACCGUGUUCCCGUGUGCGCUAAAUUUGUCACUUGUGUGGAGCAGCACAAAUUUCCACAUUUCUAAAUGAUGAAAACUCUAUUGUUUUCAGCUAUUGAUAGGAACUGCAUUAUAGGAAAUAUGUAAGUCGUAUGUUAGCUUUUUGUACAUACUGCAAUGUCAGGAGAUCUCUUGAAGAUCAGUGUUGUGGCAUAUUAGGUAUAGAAUUAAUAAGUAGUGUGUAGGUAUUGUGGAUAUGUAAAUGUAAGUUUUGAAUGUCAAUAUGAAAGCAUUUAACCUGUAAAUUUUACUCAAAUUUUGUAUCUGUUACUCUUGUGUACUAUCUGGGAAAAGAUGUUUUUAAGUGCAAGUUCAUUCAUUCAGUCAUUCUUGUUAGGUUAGAUAGGACAUUGCAAUUGUAGGCAAACUUUGGUGCAAACUGGCAUAUUUACAUAUUUCCAAGUGAUUUAUCAUAAGUUUGCCAUACUAUGCAAUUGUUUGUCGUUAAACCUAAAGCUAUACCCAGAAAGGUAUUCGCAGUGGAAGAAGUCCUUUUCUUGUUGAUUGCAAAUGUGUUGCAGAUGAUAAGGAAUUUCCAAGUUGCCCAGAACGUCCUGUAGUUAUUUGAUGAGGGUUUCCUCUACUGUGCCACUUUGCUGUCUGACGCUGAUGUGUUCUUUUUUAAGGAAAAGGACUCAAAUAUCUCUCUGCAUGUAUUUGUGAUGAGGUAAUUUAUUAAAAAGUCACUGCCCAAGUA